CGCGCCCUGGUGACAGCUCGCGCGUGCUGAUGAUGGCGAUUCUUUGGAUGGGAAGAGACCUUGAAAGGACCUCUACUUUAUCCUGCAACGUCAGUCAAUAUCCCACUUAAAUCAUCCCAGGUAAUAAAGAAGAAGAAACUUCACCAGUGACUCUGGAGUAAUAUGGAAGAAGAUGGAAAAAGCUUGUUAAAUGGGUUAAAAGAGUGGAGACUUCUUUAAGACAUGGAUAGAUGCAAACAUGUAGGGCGGUUGCGCCUUGCCCAGGACCACUCCAUCCUGAACCCUCAGAAGUGGUGCUGCAUGGAGUGCUCCACCACGGAGUCAGUGUGGGCUUGUCUGAAGUGCUCCCACGUGGCCUGUGGCCGGUACAUUGAGGAUCACGCUCUGAAACACUUUGAAGAGACUGGACACCCCCUAGCCAUGGAAGUCCGGGAUCUCUACGUGUUCUGCUACCUGUGCAAGGACUACGUACUCAAUGAUAACCCCGAGGGGGACCUUAAAUUGCUGAGAAGCUCCCUGUUGGCAGUCAGGGGCCAGAAACAGGACGAGCUGGUGAAACGUGGGCGGACGCUGCGGUCCAUGGCUUCGGGCGAGGAUCUGGUCCAGCUGCAGCGCACUCCUCAGGGACAGCCGCAGAUGCUGACGGCUCUGUGGUACCGGCGCCAGCGCCUGCUGGCCAAGACGCUGCGGAUCUGGUUCGAGAAGAGCUCCCGGGGCCAGGCCAAGCUGGAGCAGCGACGACAGAAGGAGGCGCUAGAGCGCAAGAAAGAGGAGGCGCGACAGCGGCGACAAGAAGUGAAGCGGAGGCUCCUGGAAGAGCUGGCCAGCGCCCCUCCGCGCAAGAGCGCGCGGCUGCUGUUGCACCCACCCCGCAAUGUGGCCAAGGCCAUGGCCCAGAGGCGGCCCUCCACUCUCCCUACCUCACGGAAAGGCCCUGGUGGCAAACUCAAGCCACACCGCAAGCCAGCCGUGGCCCCCGGCGUCACGGGCCUGCGGAACCUGGGGAACACCUGCUACAUGAACUCCAUCCUCCAGGUGCUGAGCCACCUCCAGAAGUUUCGAGAAUGUUUUUUGAAUCUUGACCCUUCCAAAACGGAACAACUAUUUUCCAAAGCAACCAAUGGGAAAGCUCAGCUCUCCAGCAAACCUGCUAGCAGCUCAGCCACCAACGUGUCCAGCAGGAGCGACAAGGCUGAGUUUUGCGACCGGGAGGGUCUUUGCUUGAACGGAGGGGUCUCCAUCAGCAGGAGUCUAGAACUCAUCCAGAACAAAGAGCCCAGCUCAAAGCACAUUUCCCUCUGCCACGAACUGCACACCCUCUUCCGAGUCAUGUGGUCUGGAAAGUGGGCCCUCGUGUCUCCCUUCGCCAUGCUUCACUCUGUGUGGAGCCUGAUCCCCGCCUUCCGAGGCUACGACCAGCAGGAUGCACAGGAGUUUCUCUGUGAGCUCCUGCAUAAAGUUCAGCAGGAACUCGAGGCUGAGGGGACCACGCACCGGAUCCUCAUCCCCUUCUCCCAGCGGAAGCUUACCAAGCAGGUCUUAAAGGUGGUGAAUACCAUAUUCCACGGGCAGCUCCUUAGUCAGGUCACAUGUAUAGCAUGCAAUUACAAAUCCAAUACCAUUGAGCCCUUUUGGGAUCUGUCCCUGGAAUUCCCUGAACGCUACCACUGCAUAGAAAAGGGGUUUGUCCCUUUGAAUCAGACAGAGUGCCUGCUCACUGAGAUGCUGGCCAAGUUCACAGAGACAGAGGCCCUGGAAGGGAGAAUCUACGCUUGUGACCAGUGUAACAGCAAACGACGAAAAUCCAAUCCAAAACCCCUUGUUCUGAGUGAAGCUAGAAAGCAGUUAAUGAUCUACAGACUACCUCAGGUCCUCCGGCUGCACCUUAAAAGAUUCAGGUGGUCUGGCCGUAAUCAUCGAGAGAAGAUUGGGGUCCAUGUCGUCUUUGACCAGGUAUUAACCAUGGAACCUUACUGCUGCAGGGACAUGCUCUCCUCUCUUGAAAAAGAGACCUUUGCCUAUGAUCUCUCCGCAGUGGUCAUGCAUCACGGGAAAGGGUUUGGCUCAGGACACUACACAGCCUAUUGCUACAACACAGAGGGAGGUGCGUGCGCUUUACUCUGUGGGGACGGGGACACGGAAGAGGGUUGGUUUGUCCACAUUUUAUAAAGCCAUGGUCAUCUAUGGAGGAAAGAACAUACCAUUAAAAUCUAGGGGAAUGAAUUAUGAAGCUUGA